AUGAGCGCCAUGGGGUGGGCGCGGGGCGCGCAGUGCACUCAGGUGCAGGGCAUCACAUGCGACGGCGAUGGCAUGGUGACGGCGCUGGACGUGUCGCAGAGGGACCUCAACGGCUCCUUGCCCAUCGCCCUCUCUGCCCUCUCGCGCCUUCAAUCCCUUGAUGUGAACGGCAACCAUUUGUCCGGAACUCUGCCGUCUGCCCUCUCCACUCUCGUCCGCCUGCGCACCCUAACUCUAACCGGCAACAAUUUUACCGGCCCUAUUUUCAACGUCGUUGUCAACAUGCCAUCCCUUGUUACUCU